AUGUCCAAACGUACUAGAGAAGACCAGGACUCGAGAGAGUUCGGACUGGAAAUGGAAGUCCAAAACGUAUCUGAUGUUGGGAACGAUAAAGAUGAUUCUUCAAUUGCAAAAAAUUUUAAAGAUUUAAAAUUAUCUGAUCCUACUUUGAAAGCUAUAGAAAAAAUGGGCUUCACCUCAAUGACCCCUGUCCAAGCAAGAACUAUUCCUCCUCUAUUGGCAGGAAGAGAUGUCUUGGGGGCUGCUAAAACUGGUUCUGGUAAAACUUUAGCAUUUUUAAUCCCUGCUAUUGAAAUGUUACACUCUUUGAAGUUCAAGCCAAGAAAUGGUACUGGUGUAAUUGUUAUCACACCUACUAGAGAAUUAGCUUUGCAAAUUUUUGGUGUCGUUCGUGAAUUGAUGGAAUUCCAUUCUCAAACUUUUGGUAUCGUUAUUGGUGGUGCCAACAGAAGACAAGAAGCUGAAAAGUUGAUCAAAGGUGUCAACAUGUUGGUUGCAACCCCUGGUAGAUUGUUGGAUCAUUUGCAAAACACAAAAGGUUUCGUUUUCAAGAAUUUGAAAGCUUUGGUCAUCGAUGAAGCUGAUCGUAUUUUGGAAAUCGGUUUCGAAGAUGAAAUGAAACAAAUUAUUAAAAUCUUACCAAAUGAAGAUAGACAAUCUAUGUUAUUCUCUGCUACUCAAACCACUAAAGUUGAAGAUUUAGCAAGAAUUUCCUUAAGAAAAGGUCCGUUGUUCAUUAACGUCGUCACUGAAAGAGAUACAUCGACUGCUGACGGUUUAGAACAAGGUUAUGUCGUUUGUGAGAGUGACAAGAGAUUCCUAUUGCUAUUUUCUUUCUUAAAGAGAAACCAAAAGAAAAAAAUCAUCGUCUUUUUAUCUUCUUGUAACUCUGUCAGAUAUUAUGCUGAAUUAUUAAACUAUAUCGAUUUACCAGUUUUAGAAUUACAUGGUAAACAAAAGCAACAAAAGAGAACUAAUACUUUCUUCGAAUUUUGUAAUGCUGAAAGAGGUAUUCUAGUCUGUACUGAUGUCGCUGCUAGAGGUUUAGAUAUCCCAGCUGUCGAUUGGAUUAUUCAAUUCGAUCCUCCUGAUGAUCCAAGAGAUUAUAUUCACAGAGUUGGUAGAACUGCAAGAGGUACUAAGGGUAAAGGUAAGUCUCUGAUGUUCUUGACUCCAAAUGAAUUGGGUUUCUUGAGAUAUCUAAAGGCUGCUAAGGUUCCAUUAAAUGAGUUUGAAUUCCCAACAAACAAAAUUGCAAACGUUCAAUCACAAUUAGAAAAAUUGAUAAGUUCCAACUAUCACUUGCAUCAAAUUGCUAAAGAUGGUUACAGAUCCUAUUUGCAAGCAUACGCUUCUCAUUCUUUGAAAACUGUUUAUCAAAUUGAUAAACUAGAUUUAACAAAAGUCGCAAAGUCAUAUGGUUUCCCAAUACCACCAAAGGUUAACAUCACUAUUGGCGCUAGUGGGAAAACACCGGUUAUUAAGAAACGUAAAGUACAUAAACAUUGA